AAAAAUUUCAACACUCUGCGUAUCAUCCUGCACAUCUCAGCUUUCUGCUGCGAAUGGGCUCGGGAAUGAAGCUCGAAGAGGGUACCGGGAGGGAGGGCUGCUCCGAGCGAGGGUGUGCAGGCUGGGAGCCGAGCUGAGCCGCGCGCAGGGUUCGCAAGUCAGGGAACAAUGCGGAGCAGCGCCCCUCGCUAGCCCGCCUGGCCGCCGGGCCGGACCGGGGCAGGAAGCGAUCUUCCAAGGGAAGACAGCCCGCAGGACCAGCGAGCCCAGGCAGGAGGGCCCUGGGCUCGUGCAUACAUGUCUUUCCCCCCACCUCCUUUUAAAUGAACAAUCACUGGAACAAAUAAAGGGUUAAUAAGGCCAGUCGUUGCCCCGCCCUGCGGGAGCCGAAGGGAGCAGGUUUGAAAGUUCCUGUUUGCAGAAGGGGAGGCCGGGGGCUGGGGGGCGCUAAAUAUUUCUCGCGGGCUCCUGCAAGGCUAGUGAUGCGGCGGAACCGGCGGGCCGGUACUCGGCCCGGUUCUGCGCGGAGGAGUUGGCGGUGAGAGAUCCCCGCCGCCCGGGGCCUGGGUGCAGGCAGGCGAGGAGCCCACAGAGAGAUCCCCGGGCGCCGCUGCCUGGGCCAGGGAGGGACUGGGAUCGGAGCCGGGCAGGCGUCUUCACGCCCCGGGCUGGCUGUCCCUCUCGCGGGGCCGGGUGCCCGGGCAGGCGAGAGCCGAGUUGAGAGGCGGCCGCCGCUAGUUGCGCGGGGCGUUGGGCGCUGGGUGUCGGUGCGGUUCAUCUGCCAGACGACGCGGCGGUUUAUGCAACAGUAUCGUGUGUCAGCACUGCCAAGGCUAUGCGAGAACGCGGCCAGGACUGCCCGGCAGGACUCGUGCUGUGUGUAGGACUCUUCGGGCACCCCGGCAUGCUGCACAGGGCCAAGUACAGCCGCUUUCGGAACGAGUCCAUCACGUCUUUGGACGAAGGCAGCCCCGGAGGCUCGGUAGGGAACAAAGGCUCGCCGCAGCCUCCCUGCCCCGCCCUGGCACCCCACCUGCCUGCGGAAGAUGCCACCUUGCCGUCCCAGGAGAGCCCCACCCCGCUGUGCACCUUGAUCCCUCGCAUGGCGAGCAUGAAGCUGGCCAACCCAGCCACUUUGCUGAGUCUGAAAAACUUUUGCCUGGGUACCAAAGAGGUGCCCCGGCUGAAGCUCCAGGAAAGCCAGGACCCGGCUCCCAGCAGCCCCGCUUCCCCCGAAACCAGUCUAAGUAGGGCCGGGUCUGCACCGCCACCGCAGCCGGACCUGCUGGGGCACAGGGCGACCGCCUUGACUCCUAAUGCUUGCCCGCUUCCCGGCCCUGGAGAGCCAGCCCCCAGGCCCAGGCAGGACAAGCAGUACCUGCAGCACCUGUUGGGGAUGGGCAUGAACUACUGCGUGAGGUACAUGGGCUGUAUUGAAGUGCUGCAAUCAAUGAGGUCACUGGAUUUUGGAAUGAGAACCCAAGUGACAAGGGAAGCAAUAAGUCGCCUGUGUGAAGCUGUCCCUGGGGCAAACGGAGCCAUUAAAAAGCGAAAGCCCCCAGUGAAGUUCCUGUCAACAGUUCUUGGCAAAAGUAAUCUUCAGUUUUCGGGAACGAAUAUAAAACUGACCAUCUCAACAUGCAGCCUCACACUGAUGAAUCUUGACAAUCAACAGAUUAUUGCAAAUCAUCAUAUGCAGUCUAUUUCAUUUGCUUCUGGAGGGGAUCCUGAUACUACAGACUAUGUUGCCUAUGUAGCUAAAGAUCCAGUUAAUCAACGAGCCUGCCACAUUCUGGAAUGCCGCAGCGGAAUGGCUCAAGACGUCAUAAGCACCAUAGGGCAGGCUUUUGAACUCCGGUUUAAACAGUACUUGAAAAAUCCUUCUUUGAAUGCUUCUUGUGAAAGUGAGGAGGUGCACAUUGAUGGCCCAGCUGAAGAGAGGGAAGGUCCUGAGUAUUACAAUGAGAUCCCAGGGAAGCAGCCACCUGCUGGUGGUGUCUCCGACGUACGCGCCAAAGUUCAAGCCACAGAACAAAUGGCUUACUGCCCCAUCCGGUGUGAAAAGUUGUGCUAUCUGCCUGGAAACUCCAAGUGCAGCAGUGUGUACGAGAACUGUUUAGAACAAAGCAGGGCAAUAGGUAACACCCAUGAGCGAGGAGUGCCGUUCCCACGAGAGGCCUCAUUAAUGAAGCACACGUGUCGAGUGGACCUCUUUGACGACCCUUGCUACAUUAACACGCAGGCUCUUCAAAGCACACUUGGCUGUGCCAGAGAUCAGAGCUCAGGUCAGCCACCGGGGAACUCAUGGCAUCGUGGAAAGACACCAGAAACUGUUCAACCAGGUGCCACAGCCCAGCCUGCCAGCUCGCAUUCCUUGCCACACAUUAAGCAGCAGCUGUGGAAUGAAGAGUGUUACCAUGGCAAGCUGAGCAGGAAGGCGGCAGAGAGCCUCUUGGUUAAGGACGGGGACUUUUUGGUUCGAGAGAGUGCAACCUCCCCUGGCCAGUAUGUGCUGAGCGGACUCCAGGGAGGCCAGGCGAAACAUCUGCUCCUGGUGGAUCCUGAAGGCAAGGUGAGGACCAAGGAUCACGUGUUUGAUAAUGUUGGCCACCUUAUCAGAUACCAUAUGGAUAACAGUUUGCCAAUCGUCUCUUCUGGAAGCGAAGUAAGCCUUAAACAACCAGUGAGGAAAGAUAAUACUCCAGGGCUUUUGCAGUCUAAGAAAUGACAAUAUUGCAGCACCAUCACACUGAUCUUUCAAGAAACUCCAUUUUGUGCUAGGACACAAGGAGAAUUCAAACUGUUUUCUAGAUAAAAUAGAGCACGAACUGCAAAGUGCAUCUUCCUGAGACCAUCCUGGACUAGGUCCUUUAUAAAAUAAAGAACUAACAAAGUUGAUCUUCAGAAAAGAGGAAGAGGAUCGAUCCAUGUGAAAAGAAAUUAUACAUAUGCACGGAUGUCACUUUUUAAAGGUCAUAUUGCAUUAAUAACAAGCUAAAAGCACAAUUAAAAUUUCACAUGCUAAAGACAACUUGAACUUCUGGGGCUGUGUAUGUGCCUUUCAACUUGAUAACUUAGGGACAUUUUCAUAUUGGGGAUCUUAGUUUUAAGUGUCUUCAUGUUCUAUAACUACAGAACCAUUUGCCAAAAAGGAGGUUUUUCUUGCUGCAAAAAAAAUAUUAGGGAGCAAUUUGCUUGAUAGUUAUUAACUUUAUUACAUUUUCUGUUUAGUGGCAUUUUUCACUGCAAUGUUAAAAUAAAUAUGACAUUGAAUUCAGACUGUGUCUAUGCCAUGGAAUCAAAUCAGAAGCCCUUGAAAGUGCUAGUCCAUCCCAUUUACUAGUUAAAGGAUUGAGGGCUAGAGUCUUUGGCCCAGUAUUUCUCAGUCUUUACCACUGGGACCGUCUGCAUACAGCAUGAGACAAACUAAAGAGAUCAGAUCCAUCCAUCAUUUCUGGUUUCAUCACAUUCUCCCUUUCUCUCUGCCCCAAAACAUGGCUCAAAGUACAUAGGUUUAAGAGAUGACAAACAAAACCCGUGUUCUUCAUAUUCAAUAUCUACAUCGGUUCCAUGCUUAUUGAAAGCACAAAAUUUGAAAGUGUGGGGACAUUUUCUUUUGAUUGGCUGCCAUUGAAUCAUAGUCUGUCACCUACAUGUGUCCUAACACCUUUUCUAAAUAUGAUCAAAGUGGAGAAACAUAGUGAAUGCAACAGUUGGAAAUGUGUGUCACAUGUGUAUCAGCUGGCAAAAUAAUGAUGGCAGUGUUAUGUAGGAGAAAGCACUGGGCUGGAGCUCAUCAGUGAGACCUUGAGCAAGCUGCCAAACCUGUCUGGAUUCCAGUUUUCUUGUCUAUAAGAUGAGGAAGCUGAGCUAGUUGAAUUCUGAGAUCCACUUCAGACCUAACAUAGUAUGAAUCUAUAAAAAAAGCAAGUUUUUGAUUCGCUAGGAGUCAAUAUUGAUAACCAGUCUAUAUAGCUAAGGUUAAAAUCGGUUAUUUUCUUUGACUGUAAUCACUGAAUGAUGCAACAUUUGCAUAGUUUAGAUCCUCAAGCCUUUCUGUUGAAAACAUUGCAACUUUGGAAUAAUAUAGAUAAUGAUGAUAGAAGUGGAGUUGGUUUGAGUAGCAGAAAAUCGUUUCAGCCCUUUAUUUGCCUUUGCGUAUAGGAAAUAAGA